UUCCUCAAUUCUUUUUUUAUUUCUUUCUUUCUUUCUUUUCUUUGUUGGGUCGUUUAUAAUUGGGAUCUUUCGAAUUGGGUUUCCCAGAUUUUUGAAUUAUGUCCUUCAUUCUCUCUCCCCAAAACCACUGUUUCAUUCAUUCUCAGUGGCUUCUCUGAAGCUCACAUUUGAAGAGAAAGCUUUCUUUACGUGAUUUGAAAAAGCCGGGUCCUUGUAAAUUUGACAGCUUCAGAGCGUUUCAUAGCUCAUUCAUGGUGGUUCUUUUUUUUUUUUUUUUUCUGUCACAUCUUCCUAAAUAUACUAAUGUAUGAACACGCCUUGAUGUGGUAGUUGGUUCAAAUUAAGUAUCUGAAGAUGGAAAAACGAAAAUGGUUGUGGAAGAGGAAGUCUUCUGAGAAGAGCCCUUGUGAAACCGAAAGUUCUGGUUCUGUAUCUUCCCAUUCCGAGAGGUUCUCUGAUGAUCAGCAGGAUGCAGUUAAGGGUUCUCCUGAUCACAACACUCAGUCACCUGAGCCUGAGUUAUCAUCCAAAGCAGUAGCCAUUACUGAAAAUUUGGAUGACAGUUCAUUAAAAACAGAAGACAUUAAUUAUAGGGUGAAGUCUCUGACGGAGAGAUUAUCAGCAGCUCUUGUCAACGUUAGUGCCAAGGAAGACUUGGUGAAACAGCAUGCCAAAGUUGCUGAAGAAGCAGUUGCAGGCUGGGAAAAGGCUGAAAAUGAAGUGGCAAUUUUAAAGCAGCAACUUGAGGCUUCAAUUCAACAAAACUCGUCAUUAGAAGAUCGAGUAAGUCAUCUUGAUGGGGCACUAAAGGAAUGCGUCAGGCAGCUGAGACAAGCAAGAGAUGAGCAAGAUCAAAAAAUUCAAGAAGCUGUGUCAAAGAAAACUCAAGAGUGGGAAUCUACAAAAUGCAAACUUGACAACGAACUUCUUGAGCUCAAAAACAAAGGUGGAGAUAAUAAUCCUGAAUCUUCUGCCCGUGUGGAUCCUGAUCUUUGUCUUAAGGUUGAAUUUUUGGAGAAAGAAAACUCAGCUCUUAAUCUUGAGAUACAAGCUCAAAUGGAGGAGUUGGAAAUAAGGGCAAUUGAGAGGGACUUGAGUACUCAAGCAGCUGAAACAGCUAGCAAGCAACAUCUAGAAAGCAUCAAGAAGGUUGCAAAGCUUGAGGCCGAGUGUCGAAAGUUAAAAGCAGUACUUUGUAAAUCAUCCCUGGGUAAUGAUCACAAAUCCACGAUUGCUUCCUCAACUUAUGUUGAGUCUUUCACAGAUAGUCAUUCAGACAAUGGCGAGCGCCUAAAUGCAGUGGAAAGCAAUACGCGUAAGUUACGUAGCUUUGAGUUAAACAAAUGUGAGCUCAAUUCUUCAGAUUCAUGGGCAUCUGCCCUUAUUGCUGAACUUGAUCAAUUUAAGAAUGAAAAGACUGUUAAAAAUCUUCCAACCUCCUCUAUAGAAAUUAAUUUGAUGGAUGAUUUUCUUGAGAUGGAGCAACUUGCUGCAUUGCAACCCACUGAGAACAGUUGCCUGGAAUCUGAAGUUGUUGCGGAUGAAUCUAACAAUAGAGAAAGCGUCAUAAGAACUGAGCUUGAAGCCAUGAUUCAGCAAAUAGCUGAGUUGGAAGAGAAAUUACAGAAGUUGGACACAGAGAAGGCUGAACUGGAGACUGCCUUAAGAGAAAGUCGAGAUUGUAUUGAGGCUAAUAGAUCCAACAACAGAGAGAGUGUCCUAAAAAUUGAACUUGAAGCCAUGAAUCAACGGACAGCCCAGUUGGAAGAUAAAUUAGAAAAGUCAGAACUGAAACAGGCUGAACUGGAGAUUGCUUUGACAAAAAGUGAAGACUAUGCUAAUGAAUUCAAAUAUGCAGAAAGUGUCCUUAGAACUGAACUUGAAGCCAUGAUUCAUCGUACAGCUGAGUUGGAAGAGAAAUUAGAAAAGUUGGAAAUGAAAAAGGCUGGACUGGAGACUGCUUUAACAGAGAGCCAAGACUGUGGUACUAAGUUGAAACGUGCAGAAAGUAACCUGAGAACUGAACUUGAAACCAUGAUUCAUCGAACAGUUGAGUUGGAAGAGAAUUUAAAGAAAUUGGAAACAGCAAAGGCUGACCUGGAGACUGCUUUGACAAAAAGUCAACAUUGUGCUAAUGAAUCCAAAAAUAGAGAAAGUUCCCUGCGAACUGAACUUGAAGCCGUGAUUCAACGAAUGGUUGAGUUGGAAGAGCAAUCGGACAAGUUGGAAACAGAAAAAUCUGACCUGGAGAUUGCUCUAUCGAAAAGUCAAGACUGUAUUGAGGCAUCCCGACUUCAGCUGAUUGAAGCAGAAAUGAAAUUGGAGGAGUUGAAAGAGGAACUAAAUAUUGCAAAAGAGUCAAAAAAAAUGAUUGAGGCCCAGCUCAUCAGCUUAGAAGCAGAAACAAGGACCAUGUUUGCAAAAGUCAAAAUUCUAGAAGAAGAGAUUCAAAGAGAGAGGGCAAUGUCAGCAGAAAUUGCCAUUAAGUGUCAAGACUUAGAGGAGGAGCUGUCAAGAGAGAAGGACGAAGUUGAACUUCGGCAGACUACAAGUUCUAAUAGCGAUUUGAAGAUAAAGCAGGAAGACUUGGCUGUAGCUGCUACAAAACUUGCCGAGUGCCAAAAAACAAUUGCAUCUCUUGGGAAUCAACUUAAAUCUCUAGCAACAUUAGAAGAUUUCUUGAUUGAUGCUUCCAACAUAACAGUCCCUGCAGGUGCACCAUUAAUUCAUAAAACUGGACAACACUGGAAGAUGCACUCUAAUCAGACAUUUUCACCUAGAACAGAUUCUAAUUCAUCAAAAGUAGCUGAGGAAAGUUCUGCUCCUGCACUAAGCGAAAACCACGAGAAUCCCUCACCACCUUCAUCAUCCUCGUCAUCUUCAUCAACUUCAGCUACCGUACAGUCAACUCAUGUCAACUCUGAGAAGAACAGAAAUGGUUUUGCCAAAUUCUUCUCUCGAACUAAAAGUGGGAUAAGACUAGAGAUAUAGUUGAAGUUAGGUGCAAAAGAAAAAAGAAAAAAAAAAGCAGGGGACUUGAACUGAUUGGUUUCUGUAAAAGAGGAUUUAGAUUGUCUAUUAGUUUUCUUUUUUCAGUAGUGUUUUGCUUGAGUUAGAAGUCAUUAAACGGCCAUGUUUAAUUGAGACAUUUAAUCUCAAAAUCAGCAACCAUUGAUUUAAUUCAGAAAACAAAGUAACAAUUGAAGUAGAUUUAGUUCUA